UAAUUCUCAAAAUUUCCAUCUCCUUCUUUAUCUAUUCUUAUUAACCCUUUGAACAUUCAAACCUCCACCCAACACCAACAACAACAACAAAACAACAAUAACAACUGUUUCAUAGUCUUCCUUGUCUUUCGUAUGCUGUUUCAAAAUUUUCCCAGAAAAUAAUAUUCCACAGAUCUGGUUAAUACUUUCUCGGAAAAUUUCAAAUUUCGCAAGUCUUUGCCUUUCACCCCUUGAAAUUGUUUUAAAAGUUUUCAAAGGUGGGUUUCAGAAACCCUAGAAAAUUCAUUUCAAAAUUAAAAUGGCUUCAGGGGCAAUUUUCUCUUCGCUGCGGCGGCGAAGAUCGCCGACGUUGGAAGCUUUUCUUGCUCCCGUUGAUUUAAGCGAUGUCGCUUUGGUUCAGACCCUUAUGGCGGUGGCGAACGAGCUUGUGUGUUGUUUUUCAAAGCGUUCCUUUUUCUUUCAGAGGAAAAAUUCACGGUCUUUGAUCAGAAAAGUUGAAGUUUUUCAGUUUCUUUUGGAGUAUUUGAAUGAUUCAGGUUCUUCCCUUCCACCUACAGCUUUGCUUUGUCUUAAGGAGCUUUAUUUGUUGUUGUAUCGUUCCAAGAUUCUUCUUGAUUAUUGCGCGCAAUCGAGUAAGUUGUGGCUUUUGCUUCAGAAUCAUUCGAUUUCGGGUCAUUUUCAUGAUUUGAAUCAAGAGAUUUCGACCCUUUUAGAUGUUUUUCCUGUUAAGGAUGUUGGUUUGAGUAAGGAUGUUAGGGAACAGGUUGAACUUUUGUUGAAUCAGUCAAGGAGGGCUAAGCUUUUUAUAGAUAUGGAAGAUGAUGCUCUUAGGAUUCGUUUCUUUUUGUUUCUUGAUGAGUUUGAGAAUGGGAGGAUUCCUGAUUCGGCCGAAUUGCGAUCUUUCUAUGUUGAUAAAUUGCAGAUUGUUGAUGCUGCUAGUUGUAGGAUUGAAAUUGAGGCUUUGGAGGAGCAGAUUGUUAAUCAUGAGGGUGAUAUUGAGCCAACAAUUUCUGUGCUUAAAGGGUUGGUGGCUAUGACUCGGUAUUGUAGGUUUUUGCUUUUCGGUUUUGAGGAAGAUGAACUUGAUUUGGAAAAUGGAAGUCAGAAGAAACCAAAGAAGGGUUUGAUUACUCAAGAAAUUGCUGAUACAUUUUUAACUGUUCCAAAGGACUUUUGUUGCCCAAUAUCAUUGGAUUUGAUGAGAGAUCCCGUGAUUAUUUCCACCGGUCAAACUUAUGAUAGGAGUUCAAUUUCAAGGUGGAUGGAUGAAGGGCAUACAACUUGCCCGAAAACUGGUCAAAUGCUUGCUCACACUCGUCUUGUCCCGAAUCGCGCCUUGAGGAAUUUGAUUGUGCAGUGGUGUAGCGCUGACGGAAUUCCCCUUGAUCCACCAGAGGUGAUGGAUGCAAUGAGCGAAGCUUUUGCAUCAGCAUGUCCGACCAAAGCGGCCCUUGAAGCCAACAGAGCCACAGCAACGCUUCUCAUUCAACAGUUAGCUAAUGGAUCGCAAUCUGGAAAGACUAUAGCUGCUCGGGAGAUUCGAUUGCUUGCAAAAACCGGCAAAGAAAAUCGCGCCUUCCUUGCAGAAGCGGGUGCAAUUCCUUAUCUUCGGAACUUACUUUCAUCGCGUAAUUCCGUUGCUCAGGAGAAUUCAGUUACUGCAUUGCUCAAUCUAUCCAUUUACGAUAAGAACAAAAGCCGGAUCAUGGAUGAGAGAGGUUGUCUUGGAUCAAUUGUCGAUGUGUUGAGAUUCGGACAUACAACAGAAGCAAGAGAAAAUGCUGCUGCAACAUUGUUCAGCCUAUCAGCAGUCCAUGACUAUAAGAAGAUAAUUGCGGAUGAAACGGGAGCUAUUGAAGCCUUGGCAGGACUAUUGCAAGAUGGAACUCCUAGAGGGAAAAAAGAUGCAGUAACAGCUUUGUUCAAUCUUUCCACACACACCGAGAAUUGUGUUCGGAUGAUUGAGGCAGGAGCCGUGACAGCUCUAGUUGCGGCUUUGGGGAACGAAGGAGUUGCCGAAGAAGCAGCUGGUGCCUUGGCCUUAAUCGUUCGUCAGCCAUUUGGAGCCAAAGCAGUAGUAAAUCAGGAAGAAGCAGUAGCAGGAUUGAUAGGAAUGAUGCGCUGCGGAACACCGAGGGGGAAAGAGAACGCGGUUGCAGCAUUGCUCGAGUUAUGUCGGAGUGGUGGUUCAGCUGCAACCGAAAGGGUGGUAAAGGCACCGGCUUUGGGUGGAUUACUUCAAACCCUACUUUUUACCGGGACAAAGCGAGCUAGACGAAAAGCAGCUUCACUUGCUAGAGUGUUUCAGAGAUGUGAAAAUGCAUCUCUACAUUAUGGUGGAUUAGGUGUAGGCUAUGCAUUUGCUAGCAAUUCAGCUCAAACUAGGGAUACAAGCUUUGCUGGUGAUGUUUCAGUACCAAUGUCCAUCUCUGUACCUGUAUUAUAGUGGUAACACUUCUGUGUUUGUAAUUGUUUAAGUUCCCAUUUUUUUAUUGGAAGUCUUUACAGAUUCUUUCAUUGAAACUUUAAAAGUCAUAAAAAAUUACAUCAAUACCAUAUGUAUUCUAAGAGAUUCACAUCAAUGUUGUUGUUGAGUAGUUAGCUUCAGCACAUGUGUAAUGUUGAGUUAUAUGAAGACAGAAUAGAGAAUGCUCUACAAAAGAGUUAAACCAUUUCUGGUGUCA